UUUUGAAAAUUAUAAGAAACUCGAACGGAACGCAUCAACUAGACGCAAUUGAUGUUUGUGAUCCCAUUCAAGAAGCGCCCAUCCAGGCAGUUUCCGCUGUGCCAACUGCCUCGGAGGGGACCAGUCCUAUUGGUGCGCCACUAUAAGUACAAGCCCGCCUUCCGUCCCAAUGCUAAGGAGCCCGGUACGGAGCGAUUUGAUCCCGUGAGGAUCACGAUGAAAAAUGCGUACAACAAGCUGAUGGGUCUGCUGCACCACUUCAACGUAGUGAACUCCAUAGUGGUGGGGUCCCAAUGCAGACGCAAUCCCUUCCACCUCGUGGUUCCGAUGGACAUGCCAUACGAGGAUAUCGAGACUGAUAUGUUAGAGGGCAUUCAGGGUUGGUCCGAUAUCGAUGUCUCCGACGAACCCACCGAAGUGUAGGGGCACCGACCACCGGAACUCGCGAACUUAACUCCCAGUUACCUUGAAACGAGGCCAAAAAUAAAUAGCGGGAUUCCCAAUCUAUCGGCUGUUCUUUCAUGUUAUUUCCAUGGGGUGAGGGGGAGGGGGGUUCGCGGAAAUGUGAUUAACCUCAGCACAAUGCAAUUUGAUUAAGUUCGUUUAGAUCAAAUUGAACGCCACAGCA